ACAAUCUAAUCGAGUCGAACAGCGUGAGAGUGGACAGAAACGACACCAACCAAACAAGGCAUGGAAAGAAACUGACGUUCCUCGUUGUGUUGUGCAGCCUGCAGCUUUCCUUUCACAAAAAUGUCUUGUUCCUUCUUCCAUGGCCGCAUCGUUUCCUUUCGAUGCGCACGAGGGUUCUUACUUCUCUUCUAAACUCGUAAUCUCAACCAUUUGCUUCCUUCUUCCCCUCUUUUUAAUUAUUAAAAAAAAUACCUUUUCUUUGCCCGAAAAUUACCUGAAGUUGAUCAAUUAAUUAAGAUUUAAUUCCUCCCCUUUUACCUUCCUCAAAGGUUCAAGCCCAAAGCUCUAUAAUGGCCGCCUCAACUCUUCCCUUCUCUGUCUAAUAUUUGCUUUCAUUUCCUUAUCCGUCUAUCUCGAGGUAGGCACAAUUGUUUGGAAUGGCAAAGGAUGAAGAUUCAGGCAGUCCCAGCUGGGCUUCUUCAUUUUUCACACAGACAACGGAGGAUGUGGCAAGAGCUGUUGCUGCUGCUGCAACUGUUGUUCAUUCCCCAAGGCCAUCUGUAAUAUUUUCAUCUAAAGAUGAUCAUAGUAAUGGCCAUAUUCAGAGGUUCCAGAAUCAUGUUUCAAAAUUAAUAAAAGGCUUCUCACGCACUUCUGAUGUUAAAGUUGCAAAUUACAAUCCUGAAGUCCUAACAAGUCAGAAGCGACAAUGGGCAGCAAACUUUCAGUUGCAGUACUUGGACCAUAGGUCUUGGAAGGAGCCAACGCGGCUGUUUGAAAGCAUGGUAGUUGUGGGACUUCAUCCUAAUUGUGAUAUUCAGGCACUGCAGAGGCAAUAUGUUCAAAGAAAGUCUGAAGGUUCGGGUAAAUUUAGAAGUGCACUUGGCCAUCAGAAUCAAUCCCGUGUAGAACCCAGCUUUGAGCCUCAGGUUUUUACACAUGUCUUAUUUGUUUACCCUCCAGAAAAACAUCUGCCUCUUAAAUACAAGGAUCUCGUCUCUUUUUGCUUUCCUGGAGGCCUGGAGGUUCGUGCUGUUGAGAGAACCCCUUCCAUGAGUGAGCUGAACGAAAUUCUUCUUGGGCAGGAGCACCUUAAACAAAGUGAUCUGUCUUUUGUAUUCAGGCUACAGGGCGCUGAUAAUUCAACACUUUAUGGAUGCUGUGUUUUGGUUGAAGAAUUAGUACAAAAGCCCUCGGGAUUGCUUUCACUGAUUUCUGAUAAGAACCCAUCAUCGUCUUUGAGACGUCAUAUACUAACCACUCAGAGAUGUUAUUGCAUUCUUUCAAGGCUCCCAUUUUUCGAAUUGCACUUUGGUGUAUUGAAUAGGUGAGUGUUAAUACAAAGUUUACUGAUGAGAA